AUGGAGGCAGACAACAGGACCACUGUUAAUGAAUUUAUCCUCCUUGGCAUCUCAAGUCAGCAGGACUGGAAUGUGCUAUUCUUCACCAUAUUUUUGAUCAUAUAUGUCAUCACGGUCCUGGGAAAUCUUACUAUUGUCCUGGCCAUAAGGCUGGAUGGCCACCUCCUCCAUACUCCCAUGUACUUCUUCCUCAGUAACCUCUCCCUGGUAGACAUCUGCUUCACGACAGCCACCAUGCCCAAGAUGUUGGCUGAUACACUCUCUGGAGUGAGGAAGAUCUCAUAUGGCGGGUGCUUGUCACAGAUGUACUUCUUCAUUGCCUUUGGCAUCAAUGACACCUUCCUCUUAGCAUCCAUGGCAUUGGACCGCUAUGUGGCCAUCUGUCAACCACUGCAUUAUGCCACAGUAAUGAACAACAGGACCUGUCUACUAAUGGUAGCUGCCUCCUGGCUGGCCUCUCACCUCCAUGCUCUCUUACACACCCUACUAAUAUCCCGACUCUCUUUCUGUACCUCCAAUCAGGUACCCCACUACUUUUGUGAUGUCUUUCCCUUGCUCAAGAUCUCUUGCUCCAACACAGCCUUGAACACCCUGGUAGUUUACACAGAAGGUGCUGUGGCAGUCAGUGGAGCUCUGUUGUUAAUUGCCCUCUCCUAUGCACACAUCCUGAUGGCUGUGUUGAGAAUUCCGUCCACUGAGGGGAAACGCAAGGCUUUCUCCACCUGUGGGUCCCACCUGACUAUGGUCAUCUUAUUCUUUGGCACUGUCAGCUGGGUCUACUUCCAGCCCUCAUCCAACUUCUCAGCAGAGAAGGACACACUGGCUGCCAUCACAUAUGCUAUGGUCACACCCAUGCUCAACCCCUUCAUCUACACUCUGAGGAAUGACAAGAUGAAGAAGGCCCUCAAGAAGCUUUUUGGCCGAAAGCUAAACUUCCCUCUCAACAGCAUAGGCCAAAAUUUUGCAACUGUUCGGAUGCAACAUAGCACUUGA